UUUACCAAGAUUCAACACUAUUCCCACAGAACACUGUUGAUCAUUCCACCACAUUCCACUACCUAUAUCUUUUUAAUUGUGAUAGUCAUGAUCAUGUUGCUGCGUAAGUUCAGUUUAGUAAAAUACAUAGUUGGCGGGCGCAAUACACGGUUGAUGUCAACGCAUACGCAGACUGAAAGCGACAACCUAGUGGUGUUUGAGAAAUUGAUCGGCGAGGAUCGUGGCAUCGCACUAUACGGCCUCAACCGGCGUAGAGACCGCAAUGCGCUGGGCUUUGAGUUGCUCGCUGCCAUGCGCGAGAUGCACCAGCUGCUGCGCAAGGACACCGGCGUCUCCGUGGUCGUAAUACACAGCCUUGUGCCCGGCGUCUUUUGCGCUGGUGCCAACCUCAAAGAAAGAUUCAAAAUGUCCGAUUCGGAAGUGGCGAGUUUCGUGCGUACAUUGAGAGCUACCUUGACGGAAGUGGAAGACUUGCCGAUGCCGACAGUCGCAGCAAUCGAAGGCGUGGCUGUAGGCGGCGGGUUGGAGCUAGCUUUGGCCUGCGACCUACGCGUGGCCGCGGCUUCAGCGCGCCUAGGUCUAAUAGAGACCAGUCGCGGGCUGCUGCCCGGUGCCGGGGGCACGCAGCGCCUGCCUCGCGAGGUCCAUCCCAGCAUCGCCAAGGAGCUCAUAUUCACUUCGCGGAUAGUAAAUGGCAACGAAGCCAAACAGUUAGGCUUGGUGAACCAUGUGGUGGCUCAGAACAACAACAGCAACAAUGGGGCUUUUGAGCGUGCGUUAGUGCUAGCGCGCGAGAUCGCUGCUAAUGCCCCGGUUGCACUGCGCUGUGCAAAGUUGGCCAUCAACGAGGGCAUACAGGUCUCCAUAAAGGAAGGCUAUGACGUUGAGCAAAAGUACUAUGAGAUGAACAUUCCCACUCAAGACAGACAAGAGGGAAUGAAAGCCUUUUUUGAAAAGAGGAAACCGGUCUACAAAGGUCAAUAAGUCACGAUGAAAUGAUAAUCAAGCCAUCACUAAUGUUAACAUGUAGACUUUAAUUUCUACAAACUCUCCAAAAUGUGGCUGUAGUGUUUGUGGCAAAUACAGAUUAACCAAUAAUAGAUUAUAAGUUUUUAUAAAAUUUUACCCACUUCUACACAUUCAUAUUUAUUCUUCCAAUGCAAUGAUAUAUGAAUACAAUAGGAAAAAAAUAUGAUGUAGCAAUGAAAUAAGUAGAAACUCUAUCAAAAUUGUAAAGUCCCAAUGGUACAUAAGACAGUUUCCUUGAAUCAGAGUAUUCAGAUUUCCCUAUGCUGUUGCAAUUAAAAAAUAUUGUUAAUUAAAUGUUUUAAAAUAAAUAUGUAAUGACUAAUGACAGUUAAAAUAUGUGUUAUUCUUUUGCAUAAUAUGUUUUUGUUAUUGGGUCAAGUUAACAAAUAACUAUGACUGUAAAAUAUAGACCGCCCUUUACUUGGUCAACCUUGGUUAGAUUUAAUGGCUAAUGAAAUAAGUGGAAUACCUCCAGGUAAGUGACUAUUAUUUUUUUAUAAGUAGUAUGCAUAGGUAAACAGGGUAGCAGGGGAUCAAUAGAAUUAGAAUAGAAUAGAAUAGAAUAG